ACGCAGCAUGGAGGGAUCGGAGCUGGAUAGCCGGGGCCAGGAUAUUGGGGAGCACUGAGGCCGCACUCCCUAUCACUCUACACAGCGGAAUGUCCGGGCCCCGCCGGUGACACGCAGACAUGGGGGCCGUGCUGAGGAGCCUGCUGUGCUGCAGCCUAUGCUGCCUACUGAGGGCGUCUCCGCUGCUGCUUUACGCCAACCGCCGGGACCUGCGCUUAGUGGACGGCGCCGGGGUGAAGGGGAAUUCCACGGUGGUGGUCAGCGGGCAGGAGGACGCGGCUGCCGUGGACUUCGUCUUUUCCCGAGGAUUGAUCUAUUGGAGCGACGUGAGCGAAGAAUCCAUCAAGAGGAUCUACUUUAACUCGAGCGGGAAUGCGCAGGAAGUGGUGGUGGCGGGUUUGCUUUCGCCAGACGGACUGGCUUGUGAUUGGCUGGGAGAGAAACUGUACUGGACAGACUCAGAAACCAAUCGGAUCGAGGUCUCCAACUUGGACGGCUCUUUACGGAAAGUGUUGUUUUGGCAGGAGCUGGACCAACCUCGAGCGAUCGCCCUGGAUCCCGCCAGAGGGUACAUGUACUGGACGGACUGGGGGGAGAUGCCAAAGAUUGAACGCGCCGGGAUGGACGGGUCUCUUCGAAGCGUUAUUAUAGACGCGGACAUUUACUGGCCAAAUGGGCUAACGUUGGAUUACGAGGAGGAAAAACUCUACUGGGCGGAUGCCAAACUCAGCUUCAUUCACAAAUGCAACCUGGAUGGAUCCAACAGGAAAACCGUUGUAAAAGGUUCCCUUCCGCACCCGUUUGCGUUGACGCUCUUCGGAGACACCAUCUAUUGGACAGACUGGACGAAGCAUUCUAUCUUGGCCUGCAACAAAUACACAGGAGAGGACCGGCGAGAGGUGGACACCAACAUCUUUUCACCUAUGGACAUACACGUCUUCAGCCAGCAAAGACAACAGAAUGCCACCAAUCCGUGUGCCGCCCAUAACGGUGGCUGUUCCCACCUGUGUUUGAUGUCCCCCGUGGAACCCUUUUAUCAAUGUGCGUGUCCCACCGGAGUGCGGCUCCUGGAGGACGGGAAGACCUGCAUGCAGAGUGCCACAGAGUUGCUGCUACUCGCUCGCCGGACGGACCUCAGGCGGAUAUCGCUGGACACGCCAGAUUUCACGGAUAUUGUUUUACCUCUGGAGGAUAUCCGCCAUGCUAUCGCCAUAGACUACGACCCAGUCGACGGCUAUGUUUACUGGACGGACGAUGAAGUCCGAGCCAUACGCCGCACUCUGAUCAAUGGCUCUUCCAGUCAGUUAAUAGUUGCGUCUCAAGUUGCCCAUCCGGAUGGCAUCGCUGUGGAUUGGGUGGCCCGUAACUUGUACUGGACGGACACCGGAACUGACCGGAUCGAAGUCACGAGGUUAAACGGGACCAUGCGCAAGAUUCUUAUAUCUGAAGACCUCGAUGAACCGAGAGCCAUUGUGCUGGACCCUAUGAACGGCUUAAUGUACUGGACCGACUGGGGGGAGAUCCCUAAAAUCGAACGGGCAGCGAUGGACGGUACGGACCGGGUGGUUCUGGUUAACACCUCGCUGGGUUGGCCCAACGGGUUGGCCCUGGAUUACGCAGAAGGGAAGAUCUACUGGGGUGAUGCCAAAACAGACAAGAUAGAGGUGAUGUCAACUGAUGGCAAAAACCGACGGGUUCUGGUUGAGGACAAGCUGCCCCAUAUCUUUGGCUUCACUCUGCUCGGGGAUUACGUUUACUGGACGGAUUGGCAGAGGCGCAGCAUUGAGAGAGUCCACAAGCGCACCGGGGAACGGGAGGUCAUUAUAGACCAGCUGCCCGACCUAAUGGGACUGAAAGCCACCAACAUACAUAAGAUACCAGGAACCAACGCAUGUGCGGACAACAAUGGCGGCUGCAGCCACCUGUGUCUGUAUCGCCCUCAAGGACCUCGCUGCGCUUGCCCGAUUGGACUGGAGCUGAUUAACGACAUGAAAACCUGCAUUGUCCCCGAGGCCUUCCUUCUGUUUUCACGCCGGGCGGAUAUCCGUCGCAUCUCUCUGGAGACCAACAAUAACAACGUAGCCAUCCCUCUGACCGGGGUGAAGGAAGCGUCCGCGCUGGACUUUGAUGUGACGGAUAACCGGAUCUACUGGACAGACAUCAGCUUGAAGACAAUCAGUCGGGCGUUCAUGAACGGCAGCUCCCUGGAACACGUGGUCCAGUUUGGCUUGGACUACCCCGAGGGCAUGGCGGUGGACUGGCUCGGGAAGAACCUCUACUGGGCAGAUACGGGAACCAACCGCAUCGAGGUGUCAAAGCUCGACGGGCAGCAUCGGCAAAUCCUCGUGUGGAAAGAUCUAGACAGCCCUCGGGCGCUUGCGUUAGACCCAGCGGAGGGGUUUAUGUACUGGACGGAAUGGGGUGGGAAGCCCAAGAUUGAAAGAGCAGCUAUGGAUGGAAGCGAGCGUCUCACCCUCGUGCCCAACGUAGGACGCGCCAAUGGGCUGACUAUAGAUUACGCGGAGCGGCGGCUGUAUUGGACAGACCUUGACACCAACCUCAUAGAAUCGUCUAAUAUGCUGGGGCAGGAACGUGAUGUCAUAGCCGACGAUCUCCCCCACCCUUUUGGUUUAACCCAGUACCAGGAUUACAUCUACUGGACGGACUGGAGUCGUCGGAGCAUCGAGCGCGCCAACAAAACCAGCGGCCAGAACCGCACCAUCAUCCAGGGUCACCUCGAUUACGUCAUGGACAUCCUUGUCUUCCACUCAUCCCGCCAGGCUGGGUGGAACGAGUGUGCCACCAGCAACGGGCAGUGUUCUCACCUCUGCCUGGCAGCACCCAUCGGCAGCUAUACCUGCGCAUGUCCCGUCCAUUACUCGUUGAACACGGACAACAAGACUUGCAGCGCUCCUAGUGCCUUCCUGCUCUUCAGCCAGAAAAAUGCCAUAAACCGCAUGGUGAUCGACGAGCAGCAGAGCCCGGACAUCAUCCUGCCCAUUCACAACUUGCGCAGCGUCCGUGCGAUCGACUACGACCCUUUAGAGAAGCACCUGUAUUGGAUAGACUCCCGGCAGAACAUACGACGGGCCAUGGAGGACGGCAGCCAGAGCAUGACCGUAGUCGCCAGCACGAUACCAAAUCAGAACAUGGACAUGCAGCCGUACGACAUGAGCAUCGAUGUCUACAGCCGUCUCAUCUACUGGACCUGCGAAGCCACCAAUGUCAUCAAUGUGACGCGCAUGGACGGAAGGGCUGUUGGCGUGGUCCUAAAAGGCGAGCAAGAUCGCCCGAGAGCUAUUGUUGUGAACCCCGAAAGAGGGUACAUGUACUUUACUAACGUGCAGGAGCGCUCGGCUAAAAUAGAGAGGGCUGCCCUGGACGGCACAGAACGCGAGGUGCUGUUUUACUCUGGGUUGAGCAAGCCGGUGGCCCUGGCUCUGGACAACAAGUUGGGAAAGCUUUUUUGGGCUGAUUCGGACCUGCGCAGGAUUGAGAGCAGCGACCUGUCUGGUGCCAACCGAAUAGUCUUGGAGGAUUCAAAUGUGCUUCAGCCCGUCGGGCUCACCGUCUUCGGCAAUCACCUGUACUGGAUCGAUAGACAGCAGCAGAUGAUCGAGCGCGUCGAUAAGACCGGACAGGACGGACGGACGAAGAUCCAAGCCCGUAUCCCGCUCCUGACGGAUAUCCACGCCGUGACCGAGCUGAGCAUGGAGGAAUACCAGGAGCACCCGUGCUCUCAAGAUAACGGCGGCUGCUCCCACAUCUGUAUCGUGAAAGGCGACGGUACAACUCGCUGUUCCUGUCCCGUACAUUUGGUGCUUCUCCAAGACGAGCUGGCCUGCGGAGAGCCUCCGACCUGCUCCCCGCAGCAGUUCACCUGUUUCACCGGCGAGGUAGACUGCAUACCGGCCGUGUGGCGCUGCGACGGCUUCAACGAGUGCGUGGACCACAGCGAUGAACAGAACUGCCCCGUGUGCUCAGAUAGCCAAUACCAGUGUGCCAGCGGCCAGUGCAUUGACUUAUCCCUGCGAUGUAAUGGCGAUGACAACUGCCAGGACAAAUCCGACGAGAAGGACUGUAACGAUAUCUGCCCCCCGGACCAUUUCCACUGCAGCAGCGGCCAGUGCGUCAUGAAGCAUCAGCGCUGCGAUCACAUCCGGGACUGCACCGACGGCUCAGAUGAGCUGCAUUGCCACCCCACGGAGGAACCGCCCCCACCUGCAACCAACACAAUAGGGUCCAUCAUUGGCGUCGUCCUCACAGUCUUCGUGGUCGGAGGGGUGUACUUCAUGUGUCAGCGUGUGUUGUGCCCUCGUAUGAAGGGUGACGGGGAGGCUAUCGGCAAUGACUACGUGGUCCACGGGCCAGCCUCGGUUCAGCUCGCGUGCGUCCCCCAUCCUGGCUCUCUCACGGGGUCUUUGCCAGGAAUGUCGCGUGGAAAAUCCGUCAUCAGUUCGCUUAGUAUUAUGGGCGGAAGCAGCGGCCCUCCGUACGAUCGGGCGCAUGUCACCGGCGCUUCGUCCAGCAGCUCGUCCAGCACGAAAGGAACCUACUUCCCCCCAAUUUUAAAUCCGCCUCCUUCUCCCGCGACGGUGCGCUCACAUUACACAAUGGAGUUUGGCUACUCCUCGAAUAGUCCAUCCACUCACCGCUCUUACAGCUACAGACCGUACAGUUACAGACAUUUUGCUCCGCCGACCACGCCGUGCAGCACCGACGUGUGCGACAGCGAUUACACUCCCAGCCACCGGCUCACCUCGCCCACCGCCAAAGGCUACACCAGCGAUCUCAAUUACGACUCUGAGCCUGUGCCCCCCCCUCCGACGCCGCGCAGCCAGUAUUUAUCCGCCGAGGAGAACUACGAGAGCUGCCCGCCUUCUCCUUACACAGAACGCAGCUAUUCGCACCAUCUAUACCCGCCGCCUCCGUCCCCCUGCACAGACUCUUCCUGAGACCCCCUCUGUAAAUAGAAAGCUGCUCACCGCACGGAGGGGAAGAGACCGCCCCGGAGACCACCUUUCUUUCCACUUUAUAAAAUUUGUGUACAGAAUAAACUGCCACGGCCUUAACGGGAAGCGUCGGGCGGUUUUGGACCAUAAACCUAUUUGUACAGAGACUACAAAAAGAUAUUUAUAUAUUUUUCUUAACCUUUUUCUUUCUCAUCACUUGUUUUUUAAUACUCGUGCCAUAAAAAGACAAAACCCCCACCUCUUUAUACUUCACAUCUCAGCCAAGCAUUUGUAUAAAAGGAGUUCUGGAACAA